AUGGCCUCCAAGACUCCUUCAUCUUCGUCGUCAAGGCGGCCACGGAACGUCGGGGUGGGAUCUUUUACUAUCAAUGAGGAGAUUGGUAAAGGUAGCUUUGCCACGGUUUAUCGUGGUACACAUGUGCCCAGUGGAUCUCUCGUGGCGAUAAAGUCCGUAAACCUUGGCAGACUCAAUAAGAAGCUUAAAGAUAACUUAUACGUCGAAAUCGAAAUAUUGAAAAGCCUUCACCAUCCUCAUAUUGUUGCGCUUAUGGAUUGCAGAGAAUCUACAUCCCACAUACAUCUGAUGAUGGAAUAUUGUGAAUUGGGGGACUUAUCAUACUUUAUCAAAAAGAGAGAUAAGCUGGCCGACAACCCUUCGCUCUUCGAUAUGAUCAGGAAAUACCCUAUGCCAGUCGACGGCGGUCUCAACCAAGUUGUAGUUCGGCACUUCUUCAAACAAUUGUCAAGCGCGAUGGAAUUCUUGAGGGAUCGGGACUUUGUACACAGGGAUGUUAAACCACAAAAUCUUCUUUUGAUUCCAUCUCCGGAUUGGAUGGCAAAGAGUAAAAAUGGACCAGAAGCCAUGAAAGCGAGCAAGGAAUCUAUUGUACCUAUGGUUGGUAUCAAUUCAUUACCAAUGCUUAAAUUGGCAGAUUUCGGAUUUGCUCGAUCAUUACCCUCUACCUCGCUUGCCGAGACUUUAUGCGGUUCCCCCCUUUACAUGGCACCUGAAAUUCUACGUUAUGAAAAAUACGAUGCACGAGCCGAUCUCUGGUCUAUUGGGACCGUUCUUUACGAAAUGAUGACUGGUAAACCACCAUUUAGAGCGGCGAAUCACGUUGAAUUAUUACGCAAAAUUGAACAGAAUGAAGAUGAAAUUAGAUUCCCUAGCAAGACUGUUUUUAGCAGAGAUUUGAAGGACAUUGCACGACGAUUUCUGAAGAAAAGACCCGAGGAUCGAAUAACCUUUCCAGAAUACUUUGCCCACCCAGUUGUGACCGGACCAAUUCCUGGCCUGGUUGGGGAGGAUUUACCAAAGGAGAUUAUUACACCUUCGAGAUCACCAGAAGCCUCCGUAGCUCGACAUCCAUCUUUGAGAGAGCGCCAACGUGAAAAUCCAACUCCUAAACCAGUUGAAACGACAUAUGAAUCAUUGAUUGCCAGAGAUAUUGGGGAACAAGCUCCAAGGAGUCCGCAUAUAGAGGCCAAUCAACCCGUGGAAAUACCAGGCCAUAAAUCUGGCCGUCCAGGGUCAAGAGAUCGACCUUCAGCAAUUUCUGCCGCGACCGCCCCAAAUGUAGAUACCUUACCAAGACAAAGGGACCGCACGGAACGACAUUAUGCUCCGAUCGGAAGACCUGUGUCCAGGAAACCAUCUUAUGAUGAGCAAGCAAAUUUGCCAGUCCAGGAAGAGAUUCGAUCGAGUGAUUCCAUAACCGAAGCCGAACAAGAUGUUCGAGAUGCCAGAGAAUAUGUCCUCGUUGAGAAGAAAGCAGUUGAAGUCAAUGCUUUUGCAGAUGAGAUGGCUGCGAGUCCACGACUUGCACAUGCUAAUCACAUACCGAAGCAGCCGACCAGAAGACAUACAUCAAUGGGAGCACCAAACUCGACAUCAGGGGCGGUAGCUGUACCACCCUCACGCGCUGUUCAAAAAGCUCAAGGAAACACCCGACCAGAUACAUCAUCCGCAAGGAAUUCAUAUGGUUCUUAUGGUAAAACCGGUAGCAGCCCAUCAACUGCUUCAGCUAUCGCUAAAGCACUUCAAGGCGCCAGUGUGAGAGUAUUUGGUGUUUCUUGGUCUCCCACGCUUAUUGGAAAAGGGCCUUCCCCACAACAAUUAUACAAUCCUUAUCCCGCUUAUCCUACACCUAACACUGGAUUUAUUGGAGAUGCUCGACCUAUUGAUGAGGAUCAAAGAGUUGUGAAUGUCAUAGAGGAUUCUGCGACUAGAAGUGAUGUUGUGUAUGGAUUUGCUGAAGUCAAAUAUCGACAACUCAUUCCUUUAGCACCUUCUAUGAAUCAUGGCCUCGGAGGUCCAAAUAACGAAAAGGUGGGCGACGCCAUGGAUGAAGAUGAUGGUCUAACGGUGGAGGCUAUCGUCAAUCUAUCCGAGGAAGCACUUGUAUUAUACGUCAAAUCGUUAUCCCUUCUCUCCAAGUCUAUGGAUAUUGCUGGAGCUUGGUGGUUGCGAAAGAACCGGGGCGGAGUCAUCAGUGGAGGCCAUACUCCAGGAAGUGAUUCAUCAUCAGCAGUCCAGGCAGGAAAUCGCAUCAAUGGUGCAGUUCAAUGGGUCCGAACUCGAUUCAAUGAAGUCUUGGAGAAAGCAGAGCUUGUUCGACUUAAAUUGGUCGAGGCUCAAAAACGUCUGCCCGAAGAUCAUCCAGGGCAUCCAAGUAAUCAUGCAACAGCUUCUAAAAUAGUUGGUGGAUCUUCAACUACUGAUGGUGUUGUAUUGAGUUCUGGUAUAACUGCUGAGAAAUUAAUGUAUGAUCGUGCUCUAGAGAUGAGUCGUACAGCAGCUAUUAAUGAGUUGGCAAAUGAGGAUCUUCCUGGUUGUGAAAUUUCAUACACUACCGCCAUUAGAAUGCUUGAAGCAGUUCUCGAAAACGAUGAAGAACUUAUUCCUCGAAAGAGAUCACCAAGUUUACGAGAAGAUAAAGAGAAGUGUGAUGGUGGAGAGGUUAAUGGCAUUAAUUUUGGAGAUAGAAAGGAUGUCUUGAAAGUCCUUCAAAUGAUCCGAACUCGUCUUCAUGUUCUCAAGAAGAAAAUGGCAGUUAUCGCUAGACAUCAAUCAAUGCCACCUCCAUCAUCUCCACGUCAUAGCCAUAGUGGAGGAACUACUCCUACUAUCGCCAAUACUCCACCGCAUUAA